GUGUCACUGGGCAGCAUGACGGAGGUGAUGAACAGCUGUGACUCUGCGGUGGGAGACUACAGUUGAGGCGGUGCGUCUGAGGAGCAGAACAUCUCUUUGCAGAUCUUCCCAGACUCCCAUGAACGGUUCCCAAAGCUUUCCAAACGCCUGCCAUCCAUCGUGGUUGAACCCACUGAGAGCGGGGAGGUGGAGAGCGGGGAACUCCGCUGGCCCCCUGAUGAUCUGAGCCCUACAGACGACCCCAGAGACAAACAGGCUGCAUGUGACAAGGCCACAGAAGACAGCCAAGAGAUCGCAACACCAACAGAAAACUAACGGGCGAUGGUUGGGACCAAUCCAGCCAAUCACUGUGAAUGUCUUCAUUAUGGACAGGAGUGAAUUGAAGACUCCACCAGUUAGGUCUGCCUAUCAUCCACACUAGAGCCGCCCACCAGCUGACCGAGGCCUGAGAGACUGUCUUAACUGAGCUAGCUCACGUGCCAAACUCUAGUGGUAGUCAGCUGCUGUGAUUGAAUUGUAAAAGAUCUUGAAUAACACCAUGAUACCCAUUAGAAGUCACCUAUGCCUGCUAAAUUAUAGACUGGCAUUCAUUUAUGUAUUUAUUUGCUUUGGACCAAAGUCUUUCAUUCCUUCCUAUCAAAAGGACAUAGCUUCAGGAUAUCAAUUUGAUGUAUUAUAUAAGCAUACAUUAAGUGAAAAUGGAUUUCAGAUAAUAUGUAAAUGAACUGCAGUGCAUAAUGGUCAGUGUAGAUUUCAAACUCUACACCAUGUACAGUAGAUCUCAGUUUGUUUUCACGUUCACAUAGGGUUUUCUUCUUAACAUGCUUUCAAGAUUUGCACAUAUUCUUUGGCACUUGCAUUCAUUCUCUGUUAUUCAC